AUGCUAUUUAAAGUACAAACCUGGCUUUGUCUGCUGGUCCUCACUGGAUGCCUAACUUCAGUUCAAGGAGAAGAUUUUCCGCAGUGUAAUAAUGCGGCUUUGGAUACCUUUGUCAUGGCAAUCGACGACUGUGCUUCGUACAUUUACUGCAAUGGAGAGGACUCCUUCCGGGACAGCUGUCCAGAGUCCACCUAUUUCGACGACCGAACCCAGGAGUGCGCCUUCGAUGAUGACGGGGUGUGUCUCAGGAACUCUGUUUCUGACUUGAAAGAGGAGGAACCUGAUCAGCAGACCAAUGAGGAAGAGGAGGAGACCAGUAGUUCCACUCCAACACCCACAUCACCUGCUCAAUAUACCGCCUCAUAUUCUCCACAUUCUUCUACAUCGUCUUCAGAUAUUUCCACUCCGUCUGUGGAUAUUUCUACACCUUCUAAAGACUCUUCCCCUUCCUCUCCAUCUCCUAAGCCAUCUUCUCCAGCUUUGGAGAGACCACACUGCAACUCCUCCGGAGAUGGUGACCAUCCUCAUCCCCAGCGAUGCGAGUACUUCUACAGGUGUCUCAGCGGGUACCUGACCAUAGUGCGAUGUCCUUACAAAUAUGGCUGGGACCUUAUCACCAAGCAAUGCAAACCAAUGACCGAAGCUCAGUGCUUUAGUUAUAGCUCCUAG